AAAACAAUUGCCGACGAAAAUUAGUAAACAAUUUAUUUUUUACCACUGAAAUCAAUCCCCUUGAUUGAAAAAUGUCAUUUUUUGCCUUGUUGGACUAUCUACAGAAUGGAUUGCCACCAGUUUGGAAACCUGGCAUCAUCUCGUAUCAAGAGUUCGCAGACGACGUCGUUAGAAUACACAAUGACUACCGGAAAAAACACAGAGCCUACGCUUUAAGACUUAACGACGACCUGUGCGCCAUGACCCAACAGUGGGCCGACAAGCUUGCAGCCAGCGAGGACCUGGCCCACAGCGAGAACAAGUACAAGGGAGGCAGGGUAGGAGAGAAUAUCGCCAUGAAGUGGGCAUCCAACAAGGCCAUAUAUAAACCCCAGGAAGUAUGUGACACAUGGUACAGCGAGGUCAGGAAGUAUAACUUCGGGACGGAACCUACUGGACCUAUUGUGACCGCUGGCCACUUUACUCAGAUGGUGUGGCGCAACUCGACCGAGAUCGGAGUGGGUCGAUCCCAGGCCAGAGACGGGCGCUCCAUCGUAGUGGUCAGCUACUUCCCGCCAGGCAACGUCGCUGGUCAGUUUCAGUCCAAUGUUCUUCCAGCUCAAGAGACUUCAUGAAUUCUGAUACAAUCUUUCCAUCGGCUGACCACAGUGGACUCUAUAAGAAUAAAUAGGAUCAUAUAAGAAUACAAUCUUUCCAUCGGCUGACCACAGUGGACUCUAUAAGAAUAAAUAGGAUCAUAUAAGAAUACUGCAAAUAUGUCUUUCAGUGAACGAAUCAGGAAUAGUUGCUGUAUUAAAAUUAUAUUACAAAAUUAUCAGAAUAAUCCAAAAAAGCUUAGUGAAUAAUUAUAAUUUAGUGAUAAAAAUGUAUCAUACUUCAUUAGUCUUAUUAUAUAUAUAUAUAUAUUUAUCCUAAUGAUAUCACACAGGGAUAUUUCCAUGGCAGUAACUGAUCUAUUUCUGUAAAGGUGACAUCAUACUAGAAACAGAGUGCAACAAAAUUGUAUGUCUAAUUUUUUAAAAUUCUCAACUUCUAGAACAUGUCUAGUUCAUUUAUUUCAAAUAUUUUUCUCUAAGUAAGAUUUACGGAAGAUUAUUGUUGUUAUAUGUCAAUCGAUGAACCGUUUUGUAAAAGUAGCAAUGACGGAAGAUUAUUUAUACAAGUGGCACAUUCCAAUUUAAAAAGUAAGCUCUAGUUUAAUAAAGUGAAUC